UCCAGCCGGUCAGUGCUGGACGGCGGUCAGGCGGCGGCGGCCACAUGGACGCGUCCAAGCGCAGGGCCAACCCCAACCCGCGGGUCGCCGCCAACCCACUCUCCGUGCUCACCUUCUGGUGGAUGAAAGACCUCUUUGUUCUGGGUUCAAAAAAGGAUCUUGAAGUGGAUGACUUAUACGAUACUCUUGAUGGAGACUUCUCUGAAGAUCUUGGCCAGAAACUGGAAGAAAACUGGAGGAAGGAAUUAGCUUCAGCUAAUAAAAAGGAGAAAAAGGAGCCAAGCCUUUUGAAGGCACUUUAUCACACCUUUGUUGGCCAGUAUAUGUAUCAAGGAGUAAUACUGGCAUUCAAUACAUUUGUAGUCAGCACAGCAAAACCUGUCCUCCUGGGUUAUCUGCUAAAGCAUUUUACUCCUGGAUCAACAAUUACAAGGGACGAGGCAUUCUAUUAUGCAGGAGGUUUAAUAGCUACACUAUUUCUGAAUCUUGUACUGAUGCAUCAUACUAACUUGAUGGCACAACGUAUUGGAAUGAGGGCAAGAAUUGCAUGUUGCUCCCUUAUCUAUAGAAAGAUAAUGCGUCUAAGCAAAACUGCACUUGGACAGACGGCAGCAGGUCAGAUGGUAAAUCUCCUGUCCAAUGAUGUAAACAGAUUUGACAAUCUGUCUUUAGUCUUGCAUUACAUAUGGAUCACUCCCAUUGAAACAAUAAUAGUUACAUACUUCAUGUGGCAAGCCAUUGGUUGGGCAUCAAUAAUUGGUGUUGUUGGAAUGUUUCUUCAAACUGUUCCUGUACAAACAUAUAUGACCAAAUUAACAACAAGGUUUCGUUUACGAGUUGCCAUGAGAACUGAUAACAGAGUACGGAUAAUGAGUGAAAUCAUAAGUGGUAUCCAAGUGAUCAAAAUGUAUGCCUGGGAGAAACCAUUUGAGAAACUGGUUGAAAUUGCACGAAGGAAGGAGGUAAAGGAACUGAGAGGAGCUAAUUACUUGAGAGGUAUAUACAUGGCUUCCAUGGUUUUUACUGAAAGAAGUUCAUUAUAUAUUGCUGUAGUUGCAUAUGCACUUUUAGGAAACACCAUUACAGCUGACAGGGUAUUUUCAUUGGCACAGUUCUUCAAUCUACUGCAACUGUGCAUGGCCAUAUUUUAUCCGCAAGCUGUUCAACUCCUUGCUGAAACCAGAGUUUCCAUAUCCAGAAUUCAGAUUUUCUUAAUGCAAGAAGAACAUAUACCAAAACUGACGUGUCCUAGCAUCUGUAAUGGAGACACUGAAAAAGAGAAAGAGCAAUCAAAGAAAACUGGAGUCAUAAUAACUGAUGCUUGUGCCAAGUGGAGUCCUGUGUCUAUAUCAGAAACUUUAACAAAUGUUAACUUACAAGUCAAGCCCGGAAUGUUAUGUGCAAUUGUUGGGCCAGUUGGAGCAGGGAAGAGCUCACUGCUUCAUGCAAUUCUCCAUGAACUACCACUGAGUUCUGGCUCUAUUUCGGUUGAUAAAGUUGUCUCUUAUGCAUCACAAGAACCUUGGCUGUUUGUUGGUUCAGUACGACAGAACAUUUUGUUUGGACAACCAUAUGAUCACAAAAAGUAUCAGCAGGUUGUGAAAGUCUGUGCUUUACAGAGAGACUUUGAACUCUUUCCUUUUGGAGACAAGACUAUAGUUGGAGAAAGAGGUGUUUCACUUAGUGGAGGACAAAGAGCUAGGAUCAAUCUUGCCAGGGCUGUAUACCGAGAUGCUGAUGUUUAUUUGCUGGAUGACCCACUGUCAGCUGUAGAUACCCAUGUUGGAAAACAAUUAUUUCAGGAGUGCAUUGAUGGUUAUCUUAAGACAAAAACACGAAUCUUAGCUACUCAUCAACUACAAUAUCUCAAGAGUGCUGAUGUAAUUGCCAUAAUCAAUAAUGGAAGAAUAGAGUAUCAGGGCACAUUCAGUGACAUCCUGACAAAUGAUUCCAGUUUUUCAAAUUUGCUUGUUAGCAGCCAAGAAGAGUCAGAAAAAGUAAUGGAAAAUGAACAAAGGCUUUUACAAAAACAGAUGUCUGUCUCAUCUGUGAAUACUUCCGUUCAUGAAGAUCAAGAUGGAGAUGAGCCUGAUGAAAGUGCUGAGAUGAUAGAAAGAGGAAAAUUGAACAAAGCUCUCUAUAAAGAAUACAUAACAGCUGGCUCAAGUUAUUGGCUACUUGGAUGGCUUCUUCUUGUCCUCAUAGUUGGGCAGGCAGCGUCAAACAGUGCUGAUUUUUGGGUUACAUACUGGACAAAUCAGGAACAGCUGAGAAUGGACAGAAUGAAUCAAAAAUUGUCAUUUGAACUGCCAAAAAUUGUUAAUAGUACUGACAGAUUUCUGUCAGUUAAUUCUACUUCAGGAUAUUCAGUGACAACAGAAUAUAAUGACACCACUGAUUCCAUACCAUUGAAUGACACUCUGUAUGCACCUGAAACAGUGAAGGAAAGAAAUAUUCCAGGAAAUGAGAAGCCUGAAAUUUAUAUUAAUAGUGAAGAUGUUAAUAUCAGUUUCCCAAAUGAAAGCAACAUUACAGCUCAAGAAUCCUUCACAAGAGAUGAAUACAUUAUAAUAUAUACAGUGUGCAUUGCCGGAAGCAUCAUAAUUACAACAUACAGAUCCUUUGUUUUCUUUAAAGUCACAAUGAAUUCCUCUCAAGGUCUCCAUAACAGAAUAUUCAAUGCUAUACUUAAAGGAGCAAUGAGAUUUUUUGACACAAAUCCCUCAGGUCGAGUACUGAAUCGAUUUUCUAAAGACAUGGGAGCCAUUGAUGAAAUGUUACCACAAGCCUUGCUUGAUGCAGUCCAGGUUUUUCUUGUCAUGACUGGAAUACUUGUCAUGGUUGUCACUGUGAAUUACUAUUUUCUCAUAGUGAUUAUUAUUGUUGGUCCACUAUUUUACAAAAUACGUGGGAUUUAUCUUAGAACUGCCCAGGAUAUCAAAAGGCUGGAAGGAAUAACUCGGAGCCCUGUGUUUUCAUAUAUCUCAGCUUCUUUAAAUGGUCUUACUACUAUUAGAUCAUCAGCAGCUGAGAAUAUGGUCAUGAAAGAAUUCGACAACCUUCAGGACUUGCACACUUCAUCUUGGUACAUGAGUAUUGCAGGCAAGACUGCAUUUGGAUUUGUUCUUGAUGUGCUUAGUGCAAUUUUUGUGUCACUUGUGAUUCUCAGCUUCCUGACAGUUAACACAGGUGCUUUGAGUGGUUAUGUUGGACUUGCUAUUGCCCAUUCACUUAUUCUUACUGGAAUGGUCCAGUAUGGCAUUAGACAGAUGACAGAAGUUGUUAGUCAAAUGACAUCUGUUGAAAGAGUUCUUCAAUAUAACAACAUAGAAAAGGAACCUUCAUUUGAGUCAGAACCAGGAAAGAAGCCAUCAGUCCACUGGCCUCAAAAAGGUGAAAUUCGUUUUGAAAAUUUAAGCCUUUUAUAUGUUCCAACGGAGCCACCUGUUUUAAGAGAACUUAAUUUUACUAUACAGGCUGCACAUAAGGUGGGAAUCGUAGGCAGAACUGGUGCUGGAAAAUCUUCCCUUAUUGCAGCAUUGUUUCGACUAGCAAAACUGGAAGGCACCAUUUACAUUGAUAAUAUAAACACACAAUCCAUUGGUCUGCAUGAUCUGAGGAAACGUAUUUCAAUUAUUCCCCAGGAACCUGUGUUGUUCUCAGAAACAAUUCGAUAUAAUCUAGAUCCUUUUCAAGAAUUUCCAGAUCAUCAAAUAUGGAGUGCACUGGAAGAGGUGGAACUGAAAGACGCUGUUGACACCCUUGAGUAUCAUGUCAAUGAAGGUGGCAGCAAUUUUAGUGCUGGACAAAGGCAACUGAUUUGUCUUGCACGAGCUAUUCUCAGAAACAACAAAGUUCUCGUACUUGAUGAAGCUACUGCAAAUGUUGACCCACAAACUGAUAGUCUCAUACAGAAGACGAUACGUAAGAAGUUCAAAGACUGCACUGUACUUACAAUUGCACACAGACUGAAUACAAUCAUGGACUCAGACAAAGUUCUUGUCAUGGACUCCGGGACCAUGGUGGAAUAUGCACACCCUCAUGAGCUUCUACAGAAUCCAGAAGGGUAUUUCUACAAAAUGGUCCAGCAGACUGGAAAAUCGAUGGAAUCACAGUUGAGGCAGGUGGCACAAGAGGCAUAUGAUAACAUUCACUCAAGCUCGGGUGCUUGAGAGGGAAAAAAUCUAUUGCUGGUAUCCAGCUUAUUAUUUAUUAAAUAAAUCUGUAAUUGAGAUGUGUUGGAAGUUCCUGUAUUAGUCACACAAAUCUGAAAGACUUGUGUGAUCUGGUUACCAUUUCUGGACUUUUUGAUGGCUGCAGUACUGACACUUCUUCACAGAAGUGGAAACACUAAAAACUGAAAUGUGACCUGAAUGAAAUAUCAACGGAAAAAUUGAUUUUACAAAUACUGAAUGGAGGAAAGCUUUAAUGAAUGCUUUUGUUAUUUCACAUGUUCAGUGAUACUAUGCCAAAGAUACAUAGUGCUCUGCUAUUUUCAAAAACUAUUUUUAUCGAGUAACAAAGUUGUAUAACAAUUUGUGUAUAAAUGUAAAAAAUCACAUAAUUAAUUAAAUAUGAAUGUUUAUUGAUGGAAACUAAGCAUACAUGAGGAAGAUUCAUUGUAGAUAUUUAAUUACAGAUAACACUGUCAUGAUUUUUAUUACUUACUGACAAAGAGCUUAAAUAGUAAAAUCUCAU